CCCGGAGCUGGAGCCGCAGCCGGAGCGAGCGCGGGAGCGGGCGCGGGGAGUGCGGGGCGCUGCGGGACUCCGGCGUUAACCCUUUCGUGCCUGGAGAGGUUCCCCCAGAGGCGGCGGCGGCGGCAUGAAGCGCGCCCACGUCGAGUCCAGCUCGUCCGACAGCGAGCUGGACGAGCCCGUCGAGGUGGAGGUGGAGAAGGAGAGCGCGGACGAGAGCGGAAACUUGAGUUCAGCCCUGGGGUCCAUGUCCCCAACGACGUCUUCUCAGAUCUUGGCCAGGAAAAGACGCAGAGGGAUCAUCGAGAAGCGCCGCCGAGACCGGAUCAAUAACAGCUUGUCUGAGCUGCGCCGCCUGGUGCCCAGCGCCUUCGAGAAGCAGGGAUCUGCAAAGCUGGAAAAGGCUGAAAUCCUGCAGAUGACGGUGGAUCACCUGAAGAUGUUGCACACUGCUGGAGGGAAAGGUUAUUUUGAUGCCCACGCUCUGGCUAUGGACUAUAGGAGUUUGGGGUUCCGGGAAUGCCUGGCAGAAGUGGCCAGGUACCUGAGCAUCAUCGAAGGACUGGAUGCCAACGACCCCCUGCGUGUGCGACUGGUAUCCCAUCUGAACAACUAUGCCUCCCAGCGGGAAGCUGCCAGCGGUGCCCACCCAGGCCUUGGACCCAUCCCUUGGGGCAGCUCCUUUGGACAUCACCCGCACGUCGCGCACCCCCUGCUGCUCCCCCAGAACGGACCGCCCGCGUCGCCCACGGAACCCCCCCACCAGGCCAGGUUGGCCCCAGCCCACCCGGAGCGGCCCGCUCUGCGAGCGCCUCCUAGCGGCGGCCUGGGAGCGGUGCUGCCCGUGGUCACUGCGGCCUCCAAACUCUCCCCUCCCCUCCUCUCCUUCCCCUUCUCUUUGGGGUCCUUCCACCUGCUCUCUCCCAAUGCCCUCAGCCCUUCUGCACCCACACAGGCGGCCACAGGCCUCGGCAAGCCCUAUAGACCUUGGGGAACCGAGAUUGGAGCCUUUUAAAAGAACUGAUGCUGUAAAGGGAUGAGGGGAGGAAAAGCUUAAACUAAACCCCAGCUGAGCUGGUGGUGGGUUCUGGGGGGAGGCACCAUCCAUCCAUCACCUUGAAAAGUCAUCAGUCAAAGUCAAAAAAGGUACAUUCGCAGAUGAAUUUUGUUUCCAGACGGGAACGGAAGGUUGGUGGUUUUGUUGGUUUACUUCUUUUUUAA